CGAGCCCGGCCCCUCCUGCCGCGCGGGCGCCCCGCCUCCCCGCCCGCGGCGCAGCAUGGCCGCGCAGGCGCUCCUCCUGGAGCCGCCAUGGCCGCGAGGGGCCGGCUGUCGAUGCGGUCGCGGCUGGCCGCGGCUUUCGCGCUCCGCCACGGCGGCUGCCCGGCGGAGCCGGGCACCGAGCCGCCCGCCGAGGGCCAGCCAGAGGCGCAGUCCGCGGCCGCUCUGCUGGACGCCAGCGCCUGCGCGGCGGCGACGCCGAGGGGCGCCGACGGCCGGCCCGGGACGCGCUCUGGCGCCGACGCGCCCGCUCCGCAGCGCCCCAGCGGGGAGGCCAAGGUCGCCCACAGGGCAUGCCUGCAGCGGGAGAUCGAGCGGGCGCUGGCGGAGGAGCUGGACGGGCUCCGGAAGGGGCUUGCGGAGGCUGCGGCGGGGCCCCGGGAGCGGGCGCUGCCACCCCCCAGGCCGCCGCCGCCGGCGCCGCGGCCGCCGAGGCGCGCCUGCGCCGCCAGGGAGGCCGUGAGGCCCAGCGCGGAGUGCACCCAGGGCACCUCCGCUGGCGAGAAGCUGGUGUGGGGCCAGAGGGCGUGGAGCCCGGGGCCGAGUGCCCUCGAACAGGACCUGGAACCGCACGAGCACGGGGGCCGCAGCAGUCCUUCCAGGACCCUGCGCACCGCGGCGCCCGAGCUGCCCAGGGAGGAGCGGCUGGCGUGGGAGCACGCCAAGGCCGGCGAGCAGGAUGCGCAGCGCGCUCAGCGCUGGAGGGCGGCGGCCGUGGCACGGGAGGAGGCGCGUGCCCGGCACGCGUCGGAGCAGGCCGCCCGCGACGCGGAGCUCGAGGAGGCGCUGCUGGAAGCCCGCGCCCGCUUCCGGCCGGGCCAGGAGAAGGUGCUCGAGGCGGCCAGCAGGCUGCGGGCGCAGCGCUCGCAGCGGCCCGCGGCGGCGGAGCCCGCUCCCGCCCACAGACGGCCGCCGGCGGCGGAGGAGGACGAGGAGCUGCAGGCGGCGGAGCAGCGGCGGCGCGAGGAGCUCCAGGCCAGGAUCUCCGCGGAGGAGGCGCGCUGGGAGCAGGCCCUGGAGCGCGAGAGGGCGCAGCAGGAGGAGGCGCGCGCCGCGUGGCGCAGGGACACCGAGGCGGCGCUGGCGGGGCGCGCGGACGCCAUGUCGGAGGUCGAGCGCCGCCGGAGGCUGCACGCGGCGCGCGCGCGCGAGGAGAUGGAGAGGCUGGAGCGCCUGGCGCAGGAGCGGCGCAGGGACCUCGAGGAGCACCUCCGGCGGUGGACGGAGCAGCACAGGCGCUGCGCGGACGCGCAGAGCGCGGCCUCCACCGCCUUCGUCCAUGGCUUCCGGGCCAGCAUGUUCGUGGAGCGCGAGGUGGGGCCGCGGCCGCCGCCGUGGCGGACGUGUCCGCGAGGCUGCGCGCGGCGGCCGCCCUGCCCGAGGAAGGGCGCAAGGCCGUUCUCGCGGAGCUGCGCCUGCAGUGGCAUCCGGACAAGAACCCCGAGAACCAGGAGGUGGCCACCAAGGUGUUCCAAUUCAUGCAGGAGCUGAAAGGAAGGCUCUGGCACUGAAUCGGGGCGCGAAGUUUCGGCUG